AUGCACCAAGACAAGCCGUCUCAUGUGGAGAUUUUCCGUCAGGACCAAGCCCGCGUAGACUACAUCCACCGUCGGGCAUCCAACGCCACCACCCGCCUAAACCAUUUUGGCGACUCUCUUUUAGCAAGAGUUCCGACAAUCAUUGAUUAUGAUAUUAGUGCCUAUAGCUAUAUCAUAGACAUAGGCCUAGGCACUCCUACCAAGUUCUUCUUAUUUACAUUCGACACAGGUUCUGAUCUCACUUGGACCCAAUGUGAACCCUGCGUUAACUGUCAUACCCAAAAAAAUCCAAUUUAUGACCCAACCAAGUCCUUCACCUUCACCAACAUCCCAUGCGACACUAGUUAUUGUUCCCAACUUGAAAAAUUUGGUUGCUCCUCUAACUUCUCCUGCAUCUACGAGGAAGAAUAUUAUGAUAAUUCUAUUACUAAUGGCUCACUCGUUGAAGAUGUCUUGUACUUUAAUAAUGAUAUUAUUUAUAACUUUGUCUUUGGUUGUGGACAUAACAACACCGGAGUUUUUGGACUCGAAGAUGGGUUAUUAGGCCUUGGUCGUGGGCCUAUUUCAAUUAUUAACCAAACACCUCAAGUGUAUAACAAAAUAUUCUCAUAUUGUCUACCAUCAAGGCCAAAUGUAGCUGGAUAUCUUGAACUAGGUAAAUCAGGCCCUGGUGAAGUAUACACCUAUGCUAACCAAGCCUGA